AUGCAAGAUCUACGCGGAGCAAGCGUACUAACCCCUAUCCCAAGACAAUCAAGAGAAUUACGGCAGCACGAACGAGAUUUAGAGAGGCAGCUCAGAGAAAUGCGGCAACGCGAAGAAAAUUUGCAAAGACAGUUGAGGGAGUUACAGCAAAACUCGCAAAGACAGCAGCAACGCGAAGGAAACCUUCAAAUGCAGCUGAGGGAGACACAGCAACGUGAAGAAAACUCACAAAGGCAGCUGAGAGAGAUGCAGCAACGCGAAGGAAACCUUGAAAGGCAGUUGAGGGAGACACAGCAACGUGAAGAAAACUCACAAAGGCAGCUGAGAGAGGUGCAGCAACGCGAAGGAAACCUUGAAAGGCAGUUGAGGGAGACACAGCAACGCGAAGGAAACUCACAGAGGCAGUUGAGGGAGAUGCAGCAAAACUCACAACGUCAGCUGAGGGAGACACAGCAACGUGAAGAAAACUUAGAAAGUCAGCUUAGGGAGAUGUGGCAGCGAUUUGAAAACUCCCAACAACGGGUUUCCACCUUAGAAAGACAGCUUAGAGACAAAGACCAGGAAGUAAAUGAGCUUGUUUUAAGUCUUUCGUUAGCCCAGCAAACAAUAAGUGAACAGCAACAACGGAAAUCAUGCGAUUGGGUCAUUUCCCGCGAUGAAAUUCAAAUGACCAACAAAUGCCUUGGCAGGGGAGGCUGGGGAAGUGUUUAUGAAGGCGUGUAUUGUGGCUGUACUGUAGCGGUAAAGCAAAUUCAUGAUCUGAUUCUUUCCCCUCAUAACAUACGUCUUUUUGAGAGAGAAAUGAAUAUUGCAUCCAAGUGCCGCCAUCCUCACUUGCUUCAGUUUAUCGGCGCCACUAAUCAUGAGGGAAACCCUCUGUUUGUGACGGAGCUGAUGGAAAAAAGUCUGCGAGCUCUGUUAGAACAGCGGCAACUCUCCGAGAUAGAAAUAUGUGCCAUUCUUCUGGAUGUAGCCCGAGCAAUCAACUACCUUCAUCAGAAGAAACCAGAGCCUAUCAUUCACCGGGAUGUGAGCAGUGCUAAUGUGUUGCUAUGGCGACAGGGUGACAAGUGGAGGGCCAAAGUGUCAGAUUAUGGCACUGCUAAUUUUAUGCAGCAGACCAUGACAGUGGCUCCUGGAGCUAUGAUUUACUGCACGCCUGAGGCACUUACAUCAAAGCAAACGGUCAAGGUGAGUUUUCUUGAAUUUAGGGCUUUUCUGAUUCAAUACUGUUUCAUAAACACGUUUUAGAUUUAGAAGAAACGCGUUGGUGCAUUGAUCUUGAGCGCGUAGGAUUUUAAGGCCUGGUUGGUCGUUUACUCACACAAAAGAAACUGUACUACACUCUGUCCUACUUUACCUUGGUGUAAAAUUGGAAACAGCAAAUUGAUGCUGAUCUGUUUAGUUUUGUGUGAACCAGAAUAACAUUCUGUGCUCAUUCUCCUGCUGCUUAAUUCCCGGCCAAACAGUGGUAACGGUGAUAGCUUUUACCUUCACCGUUUGACCUCAAACAUUCAUGGGUAAUCUCGACUAUUGAUCGUUUUUCAGGAGUUUACACUGUAGGCAACGAAAACAAGCUGUAGACGUGUGGUUUUCUCAUUAAUUGUUCAGUUUUAAAAUCGUACUGGAGACUUCUCAUCCAAAUCUAAUAGAGUCAAACCUUUCCAAAACGACCGCCUUUGGGAGAGAGUAACGUCACCGCGUUGGAAAGUGGCCGUUAAGGGGUGGUAGGGUGUAAAGUGACACCAUGGAGGGGGGGGCCGUUAAUCUGUGUAAAGUUUAUCCUACAGCUUACAGCUUAAUAAGAUCACAAUCAGACUAUAAUACUUACGGUCAAACCAGUUCAAGCAUAACCGCCCCCCCCCCCCAAGAUUCGAUUAAUGAACUUAUUAUUCAAAAAUUGAAUCCGUUGGCUUUUUGUAGAUUUCAGAUUCAUCUCUGCAUUCCUGCAUGCUUAAUGAGCAGUUAAUUCACACGGGGGUACAUGCAGUUAAUAGUUACUAGCAGUUCAGUUUUCUUGAAUUGGUGUAAAUGUCUUAAAAUUAAUUUUAUCCAUUUAAAGAUUUUUCAAUCUGACCGAAUACAGAGAGGUUAUCGUUAAAAAUUCAGUCUAAUUACGCAUACCGGAAUGCAGAAUUGAAUAUGAUACUGGUUGCGUAGUUACAAAAAGAGGGAAUGAUCUAAAAUGACCUAAAAAUGUGCUACAACGGUAUCUAAAAUAAAUAUUAAAAGAUGUCUCAAAUAACCUUAAAAUUUUAAACUAAUACAGGCAAUAGGAAUGUAAUUUCGCUGACUGCGCAUGUGGUUUCGAAAGAGCUCUUCUAUUAAAAUAUGUUUGUAACAUGUCUCCUGAAGAAUGCAACAAAGUUACGUUGACACACAACACAACUGGAUUAGCAAGACACGUAAGCCUCCUAGUCACGCGGUGCGGAGAUGAUGGCGCAAUAAAAUGCCAGUUUGCCUAACAAAUCAGUUGCCAUUAGAUCUCACGGCGCACUUGUUCUACAUCAAUCAAACCUCCAAACGAUCAGGUCCAAUUUUAGCAGCUUACAUAUUCAUGCCGAAAUUUUACUUAGAGUCUGAUCUCAGGUGUACUACAUUCGACAGGUAAACUCAAGAUUUUUGCGCCAUCAGCUCUACUCCAAUCAAACCUGCGUUGCGGGCGGACUUCUUUUCUUCGUGUCAUCAUCUCCGCAGCGCGUGACAAGAAGACUUACGUGACACACUAAUCCUGCUCUUUGUCAACGUAAAGUUUACACUGAGUUGUUUAUUAGGAAACCUUCAACAGUAUAACUAAGAAGUAGGUGAGACCGAGAACUGUCCACAAUGAGCAUGAACUUUCAGGAAGUUACAAUUGUUUCGAAACCACUUGCGAGGUCAGUAAAAAAAAUUAAAAAUUGAAAAUGUGUGUAUUGUUCAUAGGUUGAUGUUUAUAGCUUUGGUGUUCUUCUUUGUGAAAUGUGCGUCCGGGAUCUUCCAGAUCCUAGAAGGCGUGAACAGCAAGUUCUGCUCAUGACGAACCAUGUGUUGAGAGGCCUGGUACGGCGAUGCCUGCAGACAGAUCCUGAAGCGAGACCAACCAUGCAGAGGAUAAUCGAUGAACUAUCAAGAUCUGUGUAA